AGUUUGAGCAUUUUCUCACAAAAGGAACGUGGGAGCAAUUUCAUUUUCCUUCCAUCCUCUUUUGGCUCCAACAAAACAAAGAGAAUGAGAGAGAAGAAAGAAAUGGAUCCAUUGUGAAAAAAACCGUUAAACACGAUAUCCUCUUUGUGUGACACUUUUUUUUUUCUGUUCAGUUUAUACGCAGUUAUUAUUAUUAUUAUUAUACGUUUGAAAUGGAAGCAGCAGCUGUUUCAGUGGUAGACAAGCUAAAAUCCUUUGUAAAAUCGACCCAAGAUUUCGCUAACGGCAUUUUCAACGGCCGUGAGACUUCUAAUCGCCGCAAUCCGGUAGCAACAAGCUGUAUGAUGGCGCCUUACAGCUCUUCCAAUAAUGUCAUUUACAGAUUGAGAUCUUGAAGAGAUUGCAGCGAGAAUCUUUUUCAGAUAUUAUGAAGCUAAGAGACAGACAAGAGAAGGUGGAACGAGUGCUUGCUUUCUAUAAAUCUUCCAAAGGAAGUCCAUUCGAAGAAGGUACCACUCAUGUAAGGGGAGAAUUUGAUGCUGUUGGUGCACUGUUGAUGAUCGGUACCAUCGAUGAAUCCAAGCGCAAUGCAAUUGAAAGAGCAAUUAGGACUGGUAUUGAUUCUAGGCUGACUUUUGAAACAGCUCUCCGUGAAAAGGACACACUUGUAGCUGAGUUUGUUGGCAGUGAAAGAGGCCAAAUGAAUGUCCUGGGCAGUCCACUUUCUUUAGCAAAAGUUCUUUAUGCAGCAACUAUUAGUGAUUGGUUCUCCGCUGUUGCCAUUCCAGUUGGUGGUCGAUGUAGAGAUGUUGCGGUACCUACAAAUUCACGUGAGGAAAGGGGAAUGACCGAUUAUUCAUCAUUUGGACCGCCCUUGCUGAAUCAACUAAAUGGUAGUGCAAUCGCUAUGAUGGUAAGAAAGUCAAAUACUGUUGCCUCCUUGGCUCAGUUUGUCUCUGCAUUGCCACACUCUGGUAGACUUUUGUAUGGUUUUGGCACUUUUGGUCAAGUUGUUUGCCAACUUUCAAACAGUACAAAACUAUCCAUCUUGGGCAUACACAAGGUGGCUUAUCUGUCAAGUCAACAGCUUAGACUCCCAGCUAUGGCUUUGCCUAUUGAUAUUUUACAAUGGUCAGGGCAUUCUGGGGCGUCCUUGGAGGAAAAUGGCUUCUUAGAUGGGUCACUCGCUAUGACGCUGGAGUCGGAACUUGAUGAAAGUAUAAGAAUUGGUGGUUGGGUAGAGAUGAAAAGAUCGAAUCCUAAAUAUUUGCAGUGGGCGGUUACCAUGUCUGAUACCUCUGAGGAUGAUUUUGGGUGGGGUUUGAGCCUUGGUGGUUUGCUACAAGGUCCAAGAAAUUGGGACCAUUUUCAGGUUGAAAGCUUUCUAAAUUUUAACUUAGGAAAGAAAUGCAAGAUGCAACCAGGUCUUCUCUAUGUGAUGGAUGGAGCCACUCGGUUUCCUGCACUGAUGUUUCGCACUAAUUGGUCCCUGUGAAGCGCGCAAACUGACUCGAACAUUUACUGCAUUGAUGUUUCACACGAGUUGGUCCCUGUGAAGCGCACAAGCUGACUCCAACAUUUACAUAAAAAGAACUAGUUGGUCCUGUGAACAAUCUCAAACAUAAAUACCCAAACAUUGUUGUCUGCGCUCAGCAACAGUACUUUUAGUAACCAAUUUUAUUAGUCCAACCAGUUAUAGAACCCAAGCUUUGCUUUAGUCCUAUAACCUGGUUGGCCAAUCUUUUAGAAUUUAUUUAUUCUAAAAAAUACUUUUCGUCAAAUGAUAUUUGAGAAAAAAAUAUUUGAUAGAGUAGCGGUCUAUGUUUGGCUAAUUAAUUUUACACUAUUGUUGUACAGUUAGAGAAGUAAGUUUGUGAGACUUUGGGGUCAUAAAUGUGUUUUCGACAACGCAUGCAAUUAGCUUUUAUCCAUAUUGUGGGGAUAGUUGGAAAUUUUAAAUUUACUUCUGUUUUCUUUUC